AGGAGACUGCGGGAGGAGCAGAGCGGAGACGCGCCGAGCGGUGGGCGGGGGUUCGUGCGCCGUGAUUCCUUCUCACUCCGUCGCUGCGAGUAAAUGGCUCCUCCUGCAGGAGAGUUGCGGAGCUGAGCGGAGGCAGUGAAGGGGGGAGCGGGCAGAAAGCGACGUAAAUAAGACGGUGAAAGAGCGCAGGUCGCCUCUUGCUCCGCCACGACUCGCUGCGACUGUUCAUGUGGAAACGGCCUGACUGAACGGUUCCGCUUCGCCUUUCCGACCACGACACGACUGAAGCCGCAAAUGAACUCGCUGCGAGCCGCCAGCAGGAGACCCAGGCGAGUGUCGAGGCCGCGCCCGCUGCAGCCGGACAGGAACAACGGGGAAAGAGAAGAUGAUGUUCCUGCAGACAUGGUUGCAGAAGAAUCCGGUCCAGGAGCUCAGAACAGUCCCUACCAGCUGCGAAGAAAGUCUGUGUUGUCCAAGAGAACUGCGUGUCCAGCAAAAAGUCCCAUGGAGGGUGCUUCCACUUCCACGACAGAGAGCUUCGGCCCACGUGCCAAGCGUCCCCGUCUCUCUGGGAAGCCUCUGGACCUCCCAGCCGCCCCAGCUGAACAGUAUCUUCAGGAGAAGUUACCUGAUGAGGUGGUCCUAAAGAUCUUCUCCUACCUGCUUGAGCAGGACCUUUGCCAGGUCGCCCGUGUGUGCAAGCGCUUCAGUGAGCUUGCAAAUGACCCCAUUCUCUGGAAGAGGCUGUACAUGGAGGUGUUUGAAUACACGCGACCCAUGAUGCACCCUGAGCCCGGAAAGUUUUACCAGAUAAACCCCGAGGAGUACGAGCAGCCCAACCCUUGGAAGGAGAGCUUUCAGCAACUGUGUAAAGGGGCACACGUGAAGCCCGGCUUUGCCGAACACUUCUACAGCAAUCCUGCCAGGUACAAGGGACGGGAGAACAUGCUGUACUAUGACACAAUCGAAGAUGCCCUUGGUGGGGUACAAGAGGCCCACUUUGAAGGGCUAAUAUUUGUGCACUCUGGAAUUUACACUGAUGAAUGGAUCUACAUCGAAUCGCCUAUUACCAUGAUUGGUGCCGCACCGGGAAAAGUGUCAGACAAGGUGAUCAUCGAGAACACCAGGGACUCCACGUUCGUGUUCAUGGAAGGAUCUGAAGAUGCCUAUGUGGGCUACAUGACCAUCAGGUUCAACCCUGAUGAUAAGUCUGCUCAGCAUCACAAUGCUCACCACUGCCUGGAGAUUACAGUCAACUGCAGUCCCAUCAUAGACUAUUGUACAAUCCGCAGUACCUGCACAGUGGGCUCAGCAGUCUGUGUGAGUGGCCAGGGGGCAUGUCCCACCAUCAAGCACUGCAACAUCAGUGACUGCGAGAACGUAGGCCUUUAUAUCACGGACCACGCACAGGGCGUGUAUGAGGACAAUGAGAUCUCAAACAACGCGCUGGCAGGGAUCUGGGUGAAGAACCAUGGAAACCCCAUCAUUCGACGGAACCACAUCCACCACGGCAGGGACGUCGGCGUGUUCACGUUUGACCACGGAAUGGGCUACUUUGAGAGCUGCAACAUCCACCGGAAUCGGAUAGCAGGCUUCGAGGUGAAGGCGUACGCCAACCCCACAGUGGUGCGCUGCGAGAUCCAUCACGGUCAGACGGGUGGCAUUUACGUGCACGAGAAAGGUCGUGGUCAGUUCAUCGAGAACAAGAUAUAUGCCAACAACUUUGCUGGCGUGUGGAUCACCUCCAACAGUGACCCUACAAUCAGGGGGAAUGCCAUCUACAACGGUAACCAGGGUGGUGUUUACAUAUUCGGUGAUGGGCGGGGCCUGAUCGAGGGGAACGACAUCCACGGCAACGCUUUAGCAGGCAUUCAGAUCCGGACAAACAGCUGUCCUAUUGUCCGGCACAACAAGAUUCACGACGGGCAGCACGGCGGCAUCUAUGUGCAUGAGAAAGGACAAGGUGUGAUCGAGGAGAAUGAGGUUUACAGCAACACACUGGCGGGUGUCUGGGUGACGACCGGCAGCACUCCUGUGUUGCGGCGGAACCGGAUACACAGCGGAAAACAGGUGGGGGUGUAUUUCUAUGACAAUGGCCAUGGGGUGUUGGAGGACAACGACAUCUACAAUCACAUGUACUCUGGUGUGCAGAUCAGAACUGGCAGCAACCCCAAGAUCAGACGGAACAAGAUCUGGGGAGGCCAGAAUGGUGGAAUCCUGGUCUACAACUCGGGUUUGGGCUUCAUCGAGGACAAUGAGAUCUUCGACAAUGCCAUGGCCGGCGUGUGGAUAAAGACGGACAGCAACCCCACACUGCGCAGGAACAAGAUCCACGAUGGCAGAGACGGCGGGAUCUGUAUUUUCAACGGCGGGCGAGGGCUGUUGGAGGAGAAUGACAUUUUCCGCAACGCCCAGGCCGGUGUCCUCAUCAGCACCAACAGUCACCCAGUCCUGCGCAAGAACAGAAUAUUUGAUGGCUUUGCUGCUGGCAUUGAGAUCACAAACCACGCCACUGCAACUCUGGAGGGCAAUCAGAUCUUUAACAACCGCUUUGGGGGACUGUUCUUGGCGUCCGGGGUCAAUGUCACUAUGAAAGAUAACAAGAUCAUGAACAACCAAGAUGCCAUUGAAAAGGCUGUGAGCAGAGGCCAGUGUCUCUACAAGAUCUCCAGCUACACCAGCUACCCCAUGCAUGACUUUUACAGGUGUCACACCUGCAACACCACAGACCGUAAUGCCAUCUGCCUCAACUGCAUCAAGAAGUGCCAUCAAGGCCACGACGUAGAGUUUAUACGGCACGACAGGUUUUUCUGUGACUGCGGUGCAGGAACCUUGUCAAACCCAUGUACGCUCGCCGGGGAGCCAACCCAUGAUACAGACACACUGUAUGACUCGGCUCCCCCUAUAGAAUCAAACACAUUACAGCACAACUGAACUACGCCCCCCGCUUUGGCCACCCUCCUGGCCAUGCCCACUGAACCCCCCCACCACAGACUCCAUGUAGGGCUGAUGACUCCCUGCACCAGACGGGGUGGGUCUGCUGCUCUGGACCCACAAGGACUCCAUGUAUGAAGUGGAGCAGGACCUGCACACUAGGAUUUAAAAAUGAAAUCUCUAUAAAAAAAACACACUUGGACAAAGAUCUGCCCCAGCUUCUUAUGGAAGAAGAUAACUUUUAUAUAUAUAUAUGUAUAGAUAUACAUAUAUAUAAAAAGAAACAAAACAUUAAAAAAAAAAACUGUGGAUGUGAAGCUUUUCUGACUCUUCAGUUCUUGCAAACAUUUGGAAGAGAAGGAGAGAGGAACGAUGAGGAGAAGCAAUAUGUCGACUCAGGAUUCUGGGGAGGCGGGGGUCACGGUCAACACCAGGGGGUUUGUGAAAGAGACUUCUUCAGCCUUCCUGCCCCCUGCACCCUCAACCCACCCCGGGGACGUGGAUGUCGAUGUGGGGAGUGUUCAGAAACACGAGGAGCCAUAGCCCCUCCCCCUGCAAGAGGGGGAGGAGUCCAGCACAGUGAUGGGGCACGCCCCCAGGCUGCCUGGCAACUGUCUCUAGGCAACAGUCAGAAAGGAGAAAAGUGGUGCGAGGUUUAGCACUUCUGCUUUUUUUUUUUUUUUUUUAAAUGUCAUUCUGAUUGACACAUAUGAUUUUAAUGCUUUCUCAUGUAGUUUUGUAUUUUCCAGCAAAAAUCUUACCUGUACUUGAAUGUCUCUUAUUUUAUUAUAUAAUUAUUGUUGUUAUUAUAAUUAUAAUUAUUUUUUGUUGGCACACUUUAUGCUUGCUGUAUCUGUCCUCAAGCCCCAGUAUCUACGUUCUUUCUAUGAAAGAGAAUAACCGAAAACGAUACAAAUAAUUUGAUUUUCAAACACUAAAAUUUGCUCCAGCAAUGUUUAAAUACUUGGUGGAAUAGAUGAGCACUGAGGGCGGGGAAAGUGCUUUAAAUGUCAAAGCAGAAGGGUGUUUUCUUGAGACAGAGAGGUGUGUGUGAGUUGCUGAUCAGUUGACCUGUCAAAUGGCAUGAAGUGUUCUAGUCUUCACUGUGGUCAUGCUUGCAUACUCUUUAACGUGCGGUCAGGUUGGGGGACACGAGGUCGCUUCAUCAAGCACAAAAAGUCAAAGGGUAAAGGUCAGCGGAGACCAGAAGAAGCCCUAUUUUCUUUUUCUGCAUAUUCUUUGUUACAAUUUACAAAAGAUUAGUAAAGCAAACAAUGAGUUGAUCUGUCUCAUGAAAACAGUCCUCUGGUGCUGAAGCUGUGACGAUGCUACAGCGCUGCAGGAGCGUCUUCUCCACCAGGCCCGGCAGUGCAGGUUUAGCGCGAGCUAUUUUUCAUGAGAGGAAGGAAACAUUGCUGGAGUUGAACCCUGAAUCCAGCUGCUGUGUAGGAGCUGAGAGGCUUGUCUACACUGCGCUGAGUUGUUUCACGCCUUGUUUUCGUGUUGGGGGGGAGUUGUUUUUCUUUUUUGUUGUGUAUUGGUGACUGUGGGUUCAUACAGCUUGGAUUGUAUGCAUGUAUCAUAACAUCUCAACUUAAUAUAUUGUGGAGUAUUCAAUAACCAUUAUGUAGACGCUAGUAUGAAUUAAAAGGGUAUAAUUUCCUAUAAAGAAGGAAACUGGUCAUUUUUAUGGAAAUAAACUUUAUUAGAUCAUUUCAGUAGUGCUGAGUAUUUGGGUGGAGGGGUUGCAUUGGGGAACUGAGAACAGAACAAACACACUUCAAAUGAUGGUCUGAAGGCUGAGACCAAACUAGGCUGAAGAGGCCCUGGUAGAUCUUGGAGUCAAUCAUUAAAGAUGAGGGUCUUGUUGGUUUUGUUUCCUUUCCACUGCUGCUGGAGUUUCAUCUUGGGCUCCCUAUGAAUCUCACAAUUUUCUUGCAGAAGGAAGCAUCAAGCAGGUGAUCCUUUCCCACAGAUGGCUCAGUGAGGUGG